GUCCGUCUCAUUCAAGUGUCUUCCAGGCCCUACCACAGCUCCAUGAUCCAGCGUGCCACCCCGUCCCACCCCAUUACCCAACACCCCCCAUACACUAACUCCAUUCGCCGAACCAGGACCUGAGACUUUUGGCAGUUUUAGUCUAGGGUCCUCACUGGAUACAAGGACAAGCAUGGCUGAUAAACUGGGACUUGCAGGUGCGGCAGAUGAGCCCAGUGUCCUAAACAUCUUCUCUCUGCUGGAGAGGGUGUCUGGGAUCAUAGACAACGUACAGGCGUGCCAGCAACGCAUGGAGGAGAGACAGUUGGAGUUGGAGAACAGUGUGAAGACCAUCCAGGCGGACGUAGUGAAGUUGACGAAGGAGCACACAGCUACAAGUAUCACUGUGGAGAAACUUCUGGAGAAAACAUGCAAGGUCAGCUGCCAUGUCAAGGAUGUCCGUGUCCGUGUGGAGAAGCAGAACAUUCGUGUCAAGAAGGUAGAGGAGACCCAAGUUGAGUUGCUGAACAAGAACAAGUUCCGUGUAGUCAUCUACCAGGGAGAUAAUGAGGUCCCAGCUGUAGCUGCCCCUAAAAGCUCUCCAAAGGGAGCAACCGGUGGAGAUGCCUCCAUAGACCCUGAUGCACAGGAGGCCCCACUCCCUGACUCCGAUGAGGAAUACAUGGUUGUCGAGGAGGCAGACUCCUCUACUGCAGCCAGGCUGAAAAAAACCGGCCUGAAACGUAUCGAGAGCCUGAAGCAAACCUUUUCAAGAGAGAACAUGACCAAGACCAAGGAGAACCUGGGCACCAAGGUCAACAAGCUGGGUGAGCGCAUAGUAACGACUGAGCGACGUGAGAAAAUCCGCCAGUCUGGGGAACGCCUAAAACAAUCUGGUGAACGUUUCAAGGAAACCAUCACCAAAACCGUGCCAGCCAAGCUGAACCUUAAGAAGGAGAGGACGGUGGCUGAAGGUCAAGAAGGAGCAGAAGGGACCACAGAGGGUACGGCACCUGUCCCACCACCAAAAGGUCGCAGGACCAGCCCUGACGUGGCCUACACAGAGCCAACAGAGAAACAAGAAGGUGCAGAUGAAGGCAAAGGCGAGGAAUCGGAAGUGCCAAUGUAUGAUAUGAAGCAGCUUUCUUAAGCAGAAAGUCUGACUAAGGGAACCUUGGCAGAUUUGAGUCACGUUUGGGAAAGACUACUGUACAAAUAUGGAAUUGAAGAACUUGAAGGUGAUAAGAUUGGGCCAGUCUAAGAUCUUGAUUUUGAGUGGAUUGUGCUUACGAUAACUGAAUGAACAAAUUAAGGAAGAUACACACAAUAUCCGUUAAGAUAAUUUUGUUGUUGUUUUUAGGAUUUUCUUGUUUACAUUUACCAUGGACUCUGAGAGAUGCAAGGGUUUGUGAAUGUUAUACAGAGAUGAGACUGAGAUGAGCAGGGUAUGGGAUUAUUUAUAAAUACAGCUUAUUUCAAUGUAUGAUUUGUAAAGCCUACAUUGAUCAAUUUAGAAAGCAAAAAAAUUUCCCAAAAUAGCGGAAUUUUCAUUUGAUCUAUCCCACCAUGUGCUUUGGGGAAAACAAGUAUGGACUUUUUCUUUUUCUUCUAAUAUAUUCUGAAUGGUUUUGAAAUGACAUACAACAUUGAAUGAUUUUAGAAUUUAAUUUUAAAUUUAGAUAUUGUAGCUGUCUUCUUAAGUUUAACUAAUUAAUUAAUUAAGAUCCAUUAACUGUGCAAGCAAACCAUUUGUAAAAAAUGUUCUGUGUUAUAAAACAUGCAAACUUUAGAAAACAUACAUUUUUGCAAUCUAACCUUGGCGACAUCACUAUUCAGUUGUAGGAUUUUUAAAUAAACAUUAACUCAAUCAGCGGGUUUCUGAAGAGUCUCUGAAAAUGAAAAAAAAAAAAAAAUGCAUAUAGAGUAUUAGAUGAAUUUGUAAUUCAUAAAUAUUCAACAUCAUAAUUCUCCUGAAGCAAUUAUUCUAGCGAAUUAUUCUAAUGGUACUGGACAUUUGGUGUGUGUGUGUUUUUUUUAAUUGAUUAUAAGUAAAGAGCUUUGCAAUAAAGCUGUGCUUUAAGGAUCUCAAUAGUUCAAAAUGAGAUGCUGCUGUACAGCACUUCAUUUCCAAUAAGAAGCAAUAAAACAAUGCACUGCAAAGUAAUUAUGCAAAAUGUAUGACCACCAUGAGGCACAAUCCUGAAAUAGUUCUUGCAUGUUUGUGCAUUACUUUUACUAAUAAAAAAGAUUUUAUUCCAAGCAUUUAUGUAUUUAAUGACAAAGAAAAAUGUAAUAUAAGACUAAGUUCAUAAAAGACAUUUGUUAGAUACUUAAGAUUCAUGACUAUGGAGGUUGUAUAUUUUAUUCAGUUUAUCAUUUCUAACAUCAGUUAUCUUAGGUCAUUUUACACAGCAAAACUUUUGUAUAACCUUGGCAAUUUCUGUUUUCUU